CCAAAUCCCAGUCCUCAUUUAAGUCUCAGUCUUUUCAGGCCAGCUCUUCACCAUGCUUCUGCUUCCUGUGGGUACAGCCUGUUUAGAUCCUGGGGCAUCGGCACUCAGGGUCCUUGUGUGGGCAGGACUCCUCUCCUGGCUUAGUUGUACUGGAGGGAAACCCCUGCCAGAACUGGAAGUGACUUUGAGGUGGACGUCACACUCAUCCUGAAGUUCCUCAGCCACCCGGGCUGCAGAGGGUGCGUUAUCCACUGCUGGGGAGCCAUUCACCGCCUUCUGGGGACUUGUUUCUCCCACACAGUCUCCGUUCCCACUUCCCCAUCCUCCCCAAAUCCAGAGGCCUCCAAUUCCUAGCCCGCAGCUAGGACUUUCUUUAAAAAGAUGCAGAAAAAGUGCUUUCCUAACCCAAGAGCAUUCACCUUUCCUAAGCCUAGCCAUUCGCCUUUAGCAACAUAAAAAAAGUGGCAGAAGUUUGAAAUUAUAACCUUUCUUUAAAUGGGCUCCACAUUCCAGGCCCCAAAGUACCAGUGCUUCCUUUCCGGUCUGGGCUUGGGCAUGGGCAUGGGCAUGGGCAAGGCUUCCCCUUGCUGUGGGCAAUUUCCAGGUAUUGUGACACUGUCCCUGUAAAUAUCCUUUUUCAUGUAUUACAUAGGCUUACAUGAAUAGUUUGGGUCACAAGAAUAUUUUUAGAAUUAAACGCCAUAGAAGGAUUGUGUCCAGGGACAACAUAGAGCCCAUAAAAUGACCGUUUCUGGUGCUUCGCAAAGUGGCAAGGAGGUGUCUCUAGGGACCCCUGCGCGGGGCCGUGCCAGGCACAUCUCAGGGUGAGCACAGCGAGUCUUCCUAAGGCACUGACUUCCCAGCACAUCUGGAAGAAAUGUUUAAAUAUUAAAGCUAGCAAGCAUAUUCUGCAGUAGAAAACAAAAUUUAUAAUUUAAGGUAAGAUGUUUUAACCAUGAGAAACUUCGUUUGAGGGCUGCUCCCUCAGACAUCUCCAAGGUUCGGGUAACUCUCUUCCAGUUCAGGCAACUUUGGUGGAAGUUUAAGAAACACCAUACUUAAGAAAAUACCGUCAUACAAAAACAUGUAACUUCUUAAAAGGUUUUCUGUUACAGUAUUUGUUAAUGCCUUGCUUUGCAGAUAACUGACAGACUACAAUCAUUCUUAUUUGAUAUAAUAAGUGUAUGCCAAGAAAGUUGUGUUUGAGUAUUUGUAAAUUGAAUCCCUUUAAAAUGCAAUGGACACUUUUUAAGGAACCUUAAAAUAAAUUAUUUUAUAAAUGAUCACACCCAAAUUAUUAGUUUUGUAAAUUUGACUUUAAUAAAUUAUUUUUCUUAAAGUACAUUUUUUACUGACUAUAAAUAUCCACUUAUUUUUUCAAAUUGAAUUUGUCCUAGCUUUAUAGAGGUAUAAUUGACAAGUUAAAAUUGUAUAUAUUCAAGGUGUACAGCAUGAUAAUUUAUUUGAUACACAUAUACAUUGUGAAAUGAUUGCCACAAUUGUGAAAUGAUUGCCACAAUUAAAUUAAUUAAUACAUGAAUGAUAUCCACUUAAAUUGGAAAUAGUUCUUUGUAAAUUUGGGAACGAAUGUCACUACCGUUAAAUUUACUGACUCAGACCAAUGAAAAUUUAGGAUUAUAUUUGUUAGUGUUACUGAGUAAUUUAAGAAGUAUUUUUUAGAUUCCUGACCAUAUUAAAGAUAUGUAUUAUUUCUAAUACUUGUAUUAAUGACGCGAGUAGAAUAAAACAUUAGUUCAAUCAUGAAGUUCCUCAGGGCAGAUUAUUAAAUAAGCAUGAGAUUAACCAGGCUAACUUCAAAGUUGAUUUGAAAUGUUGUACUCUUUACUGCUGUAAGCAAUUAUAUUAGUCAAAUAUAAAUGUUCAGUACAUUUUCAUUAACAUGCUAUAUAUGGCCAUCUACUUCUGAAUGCUUUCUUGUUCUUCAUACAGUGUUGUCAUUCAACAAAUGCUUAAUAGAAAGGCUUAUUAAAGUUUUAUUUAUUAUGCGUAAUGUAAAAGAGUAAAAAAUGAAGGUAAAUUAGGUUAAAGUAGAAUGGAUAAAAUGUAAUUGAAAUGAUUUAGAGUCUAAUUUACAUCCAUUUUUCUGUUAAUUUAGAAAUAUUAAAAAUACAUGACCACAAUUUAAGAUGUGUUCAAAUAUAUCAUUAUGGACAAAAUAAAAGCAAUAUCUUUCUUACUAUUUCUAAAUUAUUUGAAAAAUAUUAGCUUUUUCCAGUCUAAAAAUAGGAAAAAACACUAAAUUACCUACCUUAUUUAUUAAUUCAAUAAAUAUGUGGGUAAAGCAACUGCUUAUACAAGAUUAAAAUGAGAUAUAAAACAGAGGGUAGGUAUAAUUAUCAUUGGAUAGGACAGUAUUUAUUAGAUAGAAAUUGAUAGUGCUUCAAUGAUUCUUUUACCAUGCUUAUAAUCUCUAUUGCCUAGGGAAAAUAAUAAUAAAAUAACAAAAUGUCACUGACUUAUGUUGUCUGAAAUAAAUUUUAAAAUUUUAAAUCACCGUAUUAGUCUAAAAAUGCGGUAAUAUGCGAGUUUAGGUAAUAUGGAGAAAGCAUAUCUUUUUCCUAAGAAUGUCAUUAAAUCAAGUUUUGCAAACUAGUAAAUUAACUUUGGUUUGAUUUAAAUAAAAUAGUGUUCACAUUAAGAUAGACUAGUAAAACCAGAAUUGUGAGCAUUGGCUCCUCUGUGAUUGGGGGACAGAGCACAGGGACAGGCGCUGGCUGUUUGGGAAAUGCUGGCUGUUUGGGAAAUGCUGGCUUGUGCUGGGUUUUUCUGGUAGAACGAUGGCUCUUAACUACAAAUAGAAUUAUGGUAAGUUGUUAAAAUGUAAUUUUAAUGAGUUUUUAUAUAUUUUUUAAUUUCAUUAUUAGGCUAUCAGCUGCAAAGGUCAACACAGUAUAUCCUACACUUUGUCCAGGAAUCAGACUGUGGUGGUUGAGUACACACACGAUAAAGAUACGGAUAUGUUUCAGGUGGGCAGAUCAACGGAAAGCCCUAUCGACUUCGUCGUGACGGACACGAUUUCUGGAAGCCAGAACAACGAUGAAGCCCAGAUCACACAAAGCACCAUAUCCAGGUUUGCCUGCAGGAUCGUGUGUGACAGGAAUGAGCCUUAUACAGCACGGAUAUUCGCAGCCGGAUUUGACUCUUCCAAAAACAUAUUUCUUGGAGAAAAGGCAGCAAAAUGGAAAAACCCCGACGGCCACAUGGAUGGGCUCACGACAAAUGGUGUCCUGGUGAUGCACCCAAGGGGGGGCUUCACCGAGGAGUCCCAGCCCGGGGUCUGGCGCGAGAUCUCUGUCUGUGGGGAUGUGUACACCUUGCGGGAAACCAGGUCGGCCCAGCAGAGGGGAAAGCUGGUGGAAAGUGAGACCAACGUCCUGCAGGACGGCUCCCUCAUCGACCUGUGCGGAGCCACUCUUCUCUGGAGAACAGCAGACGGCCUUUUCCAUACUCCGACUCAGAAACACAUUGAGGCCCUCCGGCAGGAGAUCAACGCCGCCCGGCCGCAGUGUCCCGUGGGGCUCAACACCCUGGCCUUCCCCAGCAUCAAUAGGAAAGAGGUGGUGGAGGAGAAGCAGCCCUGGGCUUAUCUCAGUUGUGGCCACGUGCACGGGUACCACAACUGGGGCCACCGCAGCGACACAGAGGCCAAUGAGAGGGAGUGUCCCAUGUGCAGGACUGUGGGCCCCUACGUGCCCCUCUGGCUCGGCUGCGAGGCGGGAUUUUACGUAGAUGCAGGGCCACCAACUCAUGCUUUCACCCCCUGUGGACACGUGUGCUCAGAGAAGUCUGCAAAGUACUGGUCUCAGAUCCCGUUGCCUCACGGAACUCACGCGUUUCAUGCGGCCUGCCCCUUCUGUGCCACGCAGCUAGUCGGGGAGCAAAACUGCAUCAAAUUAAUUUUCCAAGGUCCAGUCGACUGAUGCCCUUGACAGCCAUCUGCGACUUUAUUAACAAGUUACUGUGAAGAUUUUGCCACUAACUCUAGAUUUUACCUUUUUGUAAUGCUGUUUGUUAAGGAGGGGGGGCUAGGGCUGGGACAAAAGAGGGGACACAGUGAUGAGACAUGGCAGGAGUGUACGAGAUAGCAGUGGUGUGUUGCAUGCUCAGAACAGCGGCAUCGUCAUUGAGGUCUGCUUGAUGAAACCGCAAUACCUUGUAAUAAUUGGAUUUUAAAUGCCAUGCUUUUAUUUUUAACCUUGGGCUUUUAACCAAGUUUUUUCCUUUUUAAACUUGGAUAAGACUUUAAGUCAUGUUUUACAGACGUAGAAGAAAUUUAUUCAAAAGUUGUUGGCACUUAACGUGCAACCUUCAGUGCUGUGUGAUGCAGGCGUUACCUGAAAGACACGCAGUGUCUGGAAAUACUUGACGAUAGCUAGACUCUGACCAGAUACCAAAGGGGCUGCCCGAUACAGUGUGAUUGGUGCAUAGGAGACCUUAGGCGCAGGUGGGUGUUUUGAAAUCUGGGGCUUUUUUUCUGAUUUUUUUCUUUCUUUCUUUUAGGAGGAGAGAAUAUUCAUAUAUUGUGGGUUUGUUUUUUUUUAACUUCAGUGGAAUUUACUUUAUACACUCAUUCAUCAAAUACGUGGCAUUUCAAACAAAGAAUUUUCCAUAACUUUUUAGUCUGCCUUUUGUUAUUUCUGCCUAAUACAAUUUGUCACUGAUACUCAUCUUGCAUGGCCAGGACUGUUUGGUUGAUGGAAAUGUGUCAGCUCUUAAAAUUUAAUUGAGGGUGAUCAUGACAGCAGUAGACAUGGCCUGGGUACUAGACUACCAAGUUUAUUUGCUUACUGAAUUGUUUUAAGAUUUACAGAUGAUUAAAAAUAAGCUUUUACUUUUUAAAACCACUUGUUGGGGUUUUGUAAGGUUUAUAGGCUUUUUUUCUUCCUUAAGAAAGCCAAAUUCUGUGAGCCUAAAAACAACAGAUCACAAUGAUACAGUCAUUUUUGUUCACUCCCUCACCACCAUCUGUCCCCUUCCCUUGCAGCUUCCAGAGCCCUGUAAGUUUUGAAAAUGUUUGCAAAUCAAACUAAAUUUAAAUGUGAUCAUUAGAUAUACACAACACCAAGUGGUACAUCUGCAGAGAUCAUUUGAAAUUCUUGAUUUUGAGUGAGCAAAUGAGUGUUUACUGAGGAAUAAUUAAAUCAGAAUUUCAUAUGAGCUCCACCACCCCUGUCUGUUAGUUUCAUUUCAUAUGAUUAAUAAUUCUCGGAUGCUCAUUCUCUGUGCUCGGUACCAGUAGCAUCACCACUCCCAGAAUGUGCAGACCCUUCAGGACAUGAGACUGGUAGCAGCUGGCUGAGAUAAGAUAAAUCCCUGCCACAUGGAGCAAGUAUUUAUUUAAACUAACAGUCUCUUAAAUUGACUAUUGCAAAUUUGGAUGACCUUUUUUUAACCUUUGUAAAUAUAUAUAAUUUAUAUGAAUCUAAUAUACUAUAUACUCCAUACUUGAAUUGGUUGUUCCAUGUUUUGCCUCCUGGCAGAUAUUUUGCCUAUUUGCAGUCAUUCUAACCUAUUUGAAUACCCCUUUCCUUAAAGUGAUAUGAUUGUUGCUGCUUAAUUUGACUUGGUAUUUUAAAAGUUCAGCCUCUCAGUUUUAAAAUAGCUUUAUGUUUCAGUGGAGAUCGUUGUUUAGGAUGAGGCGUUUUUGGUUUGGUUUGGGAUAAUUUUUAAUGAUGUGAAAAUUCAACAACAGUCCUCUUACUGACAGCUUCCUCUAUUCUGUAUAGCUUACCCUACCUGCAGAUGGAAAAUGAAAGGAAAAAAAAAGUUCUUGCCUAGAAUAAUAUAUUGAAUGCCUUUUGAUUUAGCCAGAGUCUCCAAUGAUUAGCUUUCACUGAUAGAGUAUAUCUUUUGGACCUGUGAUUCUUUGGGCUCCAAAGAAUGAUAAAGGAGGCACUUGUUCCUUUUCUUUCCUAUGUGGCUAGAAGAUGGUUUAAGGAUUCUUGAUACCUUAAAAGCAUCGUAUAAGCUAAGUGGUCUUGCAUCCAGACAGGCUGGAUUUUACCUACCAAAAAAAAAAAUUUUUUUCCAGAAAGUUAUGUAUAUCAUAAUUUUCCAUUUCAAAAGCUAUAUAUAAGUCUAGUAGUCCUGCAUGUGACAUGUGCCCAAAAAUAAAGUUACCUUCCAACCUGAAAGUUUUGGACUUUUAGUGAACUCAGAUACCUUAAGUGUAAGUUGAAAUUUGUGUGGUGAUUUCCAAGCUCUUGGAAGAGGUAACAGUGAAUGAACUGCCCUCUAUCAGCUCCGUGUCUUUUCCUCUGGCUUCCAAGUGAGGUCCCCUCCCACCCUGUCUAAGGAACCGCAGAGAGGUGGCAAGUCUGCAGAAAGGAAACCAUGCUAAUCUUAGCCACUUGUAGUAGGAUCCCUUUACAGUUUUGGCUAAAGAGAUUCCUUUAUAAUUUUUUUCCAGAGUUGAAAGCAAUUUAAUUUGUGAGAAUAAAGAACUCUAGCUCACCAAAGUAGAGUAGUACGGUUCAGAAAAGUUAACUUCUGAAAGGUCACUUUUGUUUUUAUUCUUGCUUGCCAUCACAUUAAAGGAUGAGUCCCACUCCCCUGUAUGUAUACAUAAGGAAAUUGCUGACUGAUUAUCUUGAUCUCGGCCUAACAUGCCUUUUGUGAGUAGGUUUCCAUAAGUAAAGCCCCAGUGAUGUAUUCCCAUAGAAUGAUUACUUUUUUCAGUUGUUUAUGUCAGUUUGCUACAAAAAAAAAAAAAAAAAAUUCAGAGUGGAUAGAGUACAACUCUGAGUAUUUUUCUAGUCUGGAAUUUUUUAUUAAUAAUCGGUGCUGCCGGGUCAUGCAUGCUGCAACUCUCAACAUUUCCCUUAUUUGGUACAGCUUUUUGCAAAAAGGGCUACAGCUAACACUGCAGAGUUAAAGUAUUACAUUUUCUGGAUUUUUUUCCCCUAACUGUGGCCCAAAAGAAUUAAAAUUUGUUAAUAUAAAUAGAGAGCAUAUUUAUCAUUCCUCAAUAGUUAAUUAUAGAGUUUGGUAACUUUGUGCCUCAGGGAAGCCAUGUGAUAUAUAACUGGUUAUAGAAUUUCAGGGUUAGGGUUUAAAGAAAGGAGAAAGCCAUUGGAAAAAUGAUGGGCUUCAUUAAGGAGACUAAUGAAUCUGUAUGCAGAAAUGUGCCAGGAACUGGCAUAAACAUGAUUGUAGUAGAAUUUAUUUUCCAGUACCAGUAGGGAAAUUAUUUUAAGUUAUUACAUAUACUGUAUUAGGAAAGUUGAGGAGAACUCCUUCAUAAAGCUUCAAUGCCUUUUAUUUUAUUUUUGCUUUCAUAGAAAAACUCAAGCCUCUGUUAUUUGGGAGCUCAGUAUUGUUAUUUGGGCACUUUUGAGAGUUUAAAGCAUGUUUUCUACUUAAUUUAAGUGUAAUAUAGGCUAUAUAGAAUUGUUACCUGCAGUUCUAUGAUUUUUCUCAACUUUUCUUUUUUGAAGCCAUUCUGUUCUUUGGAUGUGCGUGAAAGGGUGUGUGAUUGCACCAUUGUAAAUGCUGGGUGAAAACUAGUUAUCUUCAUGCAAUCUUGCCUCAUAACAGUGGAACUUCUGAAAGACAAACCACAGGACCUUGGUUUUAAGCCAAAUCCAGCCCCAUUCCCUUGGCUGUUGAUCUUGUGUCCCAAUAGUUUAGUCUUUGAGGACUAAGGGCAUGAUGUUCUCCUUCAGUGCUGGAAAUACAGCACAGCUCUGUUAUCAUUUCUUUAUGAUUCAAAGGCCAAUGAGACAACUUCAGGAUCUUAAGAGAAUAUAAGCAUUAUCGAAGUAGUAAAACAAAAGAAGGUUCAGUAUUUUUUUUUUUUUUUUUAGUAAAACUUACAUCCUUUUGGGUAAGUUUUUGCCCUCAUGAAGAAUCCUCUAGAGGAACGUAGGGAAAAACAAAUAUUUUUGCAGUUCUACUUAACUGUUUCUAAAUGUGUUUCUAAACAAAAAUAAGCUGGAUGAAAGGAAAGCUAUUUCUUUUUGGCUGAGAUGACAGAUUGUUUCUCUGUAUUAAAUAGUCUAGAAGUUAAGGGGGUGGUCAUAUUUACCAUGUAUAGUGUUGUGAGCAGUUAAAUUUUAUGGAUAUAUUUGUAAAAUUGUUCUUUUAUAUUUCAUGUCAAAUUGAAAAGUUUAUUUCUUCACUAUUGUACCUGUGGAAAUACAAGCCAUUUUACAGGAAAAAAAAUCUUCAAAAACUAUUAAACGGAUCUCGGUAUGUUUGUGAGUCAUUGUCUCAGACCCUCUGGUUGUCCCUGGGUUAAUCAGGACAUUCAAUAGCAAGUUGAUACAAAAGUAGACUUGAUUUUUGGAUUUCUCACACUUUUAAAUUAAUCCCAAUCGAGUUUAUUAAUUGUUUUAUGUUCUGCACAAUACAUAUUUAAAUCUGGAUUAUGAAAAUCCCCUAAAUGUUUUUAUUAAUGAAAUUCUUAUGGUGC